ACUGCGGUAUUUUCCUUUACAUGCCUGCCUAUUUUUAUAACCGGUCCGAUAUCUCCCUUUGCACCCCGAAGGCGAGUAGAAUAUCACAUUUAAGCGCGUAGUAAAUAAAAAAGUUGACGAAUUCGGAAACUGACCUGGUGGAAGUAAAGAUCUAGAUCGUGGUCUAGUUAUAUAUUGAUACCUGGGUAUCUAUAAAUGUUGUCUUUUAUCCGGAAACUUUAAAUGCCUUAGGCAUCUACCUAUGAUUCGAUUUCCUCGGCCUCUCGUGGUGCAAUAAACGCCUGCAAAUUACACUUAGUACUCUUGCGCAUACACCAGCUACGAAAUGUUGUUAACGGUCCUGCUCGUGUCAUUCCUUGCCUUUGCUGGGCACGCGUCGGCCGCGACGUGGUACUUCCUCCGGUAUUACCCGGCGUCCGGGCAGAAGUUCACGUCGUUCUCCGGAGAGAUGACGAUCCCGGCUCUGCCGAAAGCUGGGACAUACUACUUAUGGCCAGGCCUUCAACCGACCGAUAACAGCGGCGUGUACCAGAAUGUGCUUGACGGGAGAAGUGGAACGUGGUGGAUCGGAUCGGGAUGGUGCUGUUCGAACCCGAAUCUCCCAUGGGGAAGUGGUUUCAAUACCUACGCCAACGAAAAGGUCACAUUCAACAAUAAGCUAGACAGCAGCGGGUCGACAUGGACGUCAACUCUAACUCGUCAAUCUACGGGGCAAACAGUAACGGAUAGUUUUCCACUAGCCAGUAAAUCUUUCAACCAAGCGAUAUUUGCCAUUGAGCUCAACGGUGUUAAUUGGGACUUUGGCCCACUUGCGUUUUCGAAUGUUGUUAUUACGAGUACCGGGACAGAUUCGAGCUGGUGUAAUUCAAAGCCCGAAAAUUACAACGGAGCAACUGCAUAUUCCAUGAGUGGUCUAAGUGCAAGUGUGAGCGGCAACACGGUAGCCUGCAAAAUUAACUCUGUGAUUCUUCAGAAGCCCGCUUAACUACCUAGCUGGAACUUGAUAGUUGCAUGAGGGCACCAGGCAGCUAGAUACGCAGCACAAGGGUGCAUAAAAGUGCAUAAAGGUGCAUAAAGAGGUGCAGGUGGUCAGUGCGUUAGAAAGGGAGUUGCUGUGUGUGCAACGUCCAAGUAGAACAAUCCCUUGAUAGUGUAAAUUGUAAUUCUCCCGACAAACACG